AUGCCGAUCGUUUCAGGCGAUCGGGUUAUCAAGAUCAGCGGCACGUCCUUUCUCCUCCCCUCGCUUCCGCUCCCGUCUCGCGAAACUAACACAGCUUGUCAAAAUCCCGAACCAUUGCAUCGCGGAUUCGUCGAGAGAGGGUAUUCCGCAGACGGUAGUACGUGGAUAGAUCCGUCCGCGAAUCUUGACGAUGUCGUGGCGCUACGAUCUGCAACGUUAGUAGGCCAGCAUGAUCGCCACCCAUCGGCGCACAAUCAGCAAUCCACCAGCGAGCCCACUCUCUCCGUCUCUGCCGGCCGAUCUCACCCCGAAGCCGCUUCGCUUGCCCGGACACGGUCCAGCGCCGCAGCCGCCCUUCCCGUCGGCGGUGCCGCCACUGGACGGAGCGCGGCAGCCUCGGCCAAAGGGAAGCGACCCCUUGGGGUUGUCCGGACACUAGGGGUGCGACAUUCGGACUCUAGUAUGAUGGAGGUUGAACGGGUGGCUGAACUUCAUGAAUCGGCGGGAAGGGACUGGCUUUUAGGCUCCGGCGGAAGCUUCGGCGAUAGUGUGGGAGGGGAUUGGAUGGGAACGGGCUCUUUGCUAGAGCGCAGCAACAGCAUGAUGCUCCAUGGUAGCGCUAUUGAUAUCUCCGCGAUCGGCGCUGGUGGAUCUGCGAUGCCGCCCCCCCAGCUCCCCACAGCCGCCGCUCGGGCCGUCGCAAACGCGGCGGCGCGAACAGCGAGCCCGGGCGAGGACAGAGCAAGCCUUGAUCAGCAACAUUUUUUCGGGCAGCUUGAUCCUGAAGGCUUUGCUGACGGCGGCGUCGACACGACUGGGUCGUGGAGCAACAGUAGCAGCGGCGGGCAGAGCAUGAGCGGCAGUCCCAGCCGAGACGCCGGUGGGGGCAACACAGGCGGCGCAAGCGGCAGCGGCGCGGGACUUGUCAGCACGUCGCCCGUUGUAAUUGACAAGGAGCUAGCGGCUGGCGACUCACGCGCAGCUGGCGGCGUGUCUGCGUUCCCCGCUGGAGCGAGCGCGGGAGCGGAAUCAGCAGCAGCAGCCGCAGCAACAGCUGGAGGAGGAUCAUCAGCGGCAGCGUCAGUCGCGGGGAUUCACAAUAACAGCCCGUCAACGACAGCGCCGCGUCGGCGCAUACGAAAAGGGGCCAAGGGCAUGAUCAAGGGGGUGAAAGGCGGCCCGGAGAACAGCAGCCACUCGUUCCGCGGGGUGCGGCAGCGCACGUGGGGGAAGUGGGUGGCGGAGAUACGGGAGCCGCGCAGCCGGAAGCGGGUGUGGCUGGGCUCUUUUGAAACGGCCAGGGAGGCAGCGCUAGCAUACGACCGCGCCGCGAGAGUAUUUCACGGGUCGCGAGCAAGGUACAACCUGCUACUUGACCCCGACGGCGGUGGCGGCGGCGGCGGUGGCGGCGGUGGUGGCGGUGGUGGCGGUGGUGGCGGCGGGGCCACAGGCAGUAGCACUGCGUCGCAAGAGCAAAUUCGACUCAGCGCUUUUGGCGGCGGCGGACCGAGCGCCGUCGGCGGCGGCGCCGCUGGAGGUGUCGACGCCACGUCGCUUGGGAGAUCCGCGACGGAAUCCCGCGGGAUGGGAGCGCGUUUCGCCAGUGACAGCACCGCCCGGCUUGGUGCUUCAGCUGGUUCGACCGCUGGCGGAGCAGCGGCGGGUGCGGCGUCGUCCUUCCGCCUUCCCUGCGGGAGCUCAAGCGCGGGGCUGGAAGUCGCAAGCGCGAGCGCGCUUGACGCGUGGGAGAGUCUGCGCGUCUUGUCGACCGUCGGAUCCGGCGGAUCUGGCGGAUCGGCUUCAGGGUCGAUGAUGACGGGCGGGGAUUAUGCGGCGGUUAUGGCUGCUGCGUCGGGUAACGGUAACUUGGCGGGAGUGAUUGGCCUCCUGCGGGCGAUCGCCAGUAGCAGCACUACUAGCGCAAGUGGCGGAAUGCUCUUAACUGAUCAUUCAGCUGGUGGUGCAACCGGUGCUGGUGUAGCUGGCGCUCCUAACGCCGGCGAUGCGGUGAUGGCGGAGAAUUGGCACGCAUCAGCGCUGCACAACGCGCAGGCGGAAAACGAAAGGAUUGCACCAGGCGGGGGAUUUGUUGGGGGCGACAGGAUGGGGGGCGCGUUAGGCGCUGGGAUGGGGGAGGGUUUUGGGGGAAUGAUGGAUGGCAGUGGGGGGUCGGAUAUGGAUGGGGUGAUUCAUUUGCUCGAACAGCAUCAUCGACAGCACCGCCGUCACGCACAAGCACAUGCAGGAGAGGGUGCAUACGGUCAGGGUGGGAGACUGCCGGGAGCAACAGCUUUUAUGGACGAAGCAACAGGUGCAGUGAACCUCCGGCCAGGAGACCUCUCGGCACACGAUGCGGCAAUGCUGCAGGCACUAUACGAGCCGGCUUCCCUUAUGACCGACCCUAACCCCACGGCCUUCCUCCGAACCAGCCCCGCACUGCCGUCGGUCGAUUGGAACAUCGCUGCUGCGCUGCUGCAGGCUGCUGCUGUUCCGCCACACCCACACUCGCUGCAACAGCAGGAGCGCUUACCAGGUGCUCUGGGCGCUGGAGGGCAGAUCUCAUCCGCUGCUGGAGCAGAGGCGAGUGCACUGAGGAACCAUCCCUCUACAGUUCCGUCCUCUCUCUGGGCUGCUGCCCGUGGCCUUGUCACUUCAGAUAGAGCCUCAGCUGGGUCCGAUAUGGCACAUGCAGCAUCCAUGGCUAAUACCCAUCUGCCUCUGCAUGGAUCAACAUCUGCCAUGCUAGCUCCAGCUGCCCCAGCGUUUGACACUUUACAGACAAUGAACACUCUGCCUGCUGCUGCCUCUCAGGCUGGCUUCAUGGGUUCUCUUCCCACUCCCGACCACAUUGCAGCUCCAGCCCAAGUUUUAUCUAGAAGUUUUGCUGCUCCUGGUUCUAGCAAUUCGGGGUUGUGCUCCAUCCCAUGGACUACCAUCCGUCAUCGCUGCCUCAUCGCUAAUGGCGCUCCUUGCGCAUCUCCGCGUGGCGUCUCGAAGAGUCGUUUCACGCGAGCCUACCGUCUUGAUCCGAACCUGGCUUUCCGGGAAACCCGUUCCGUCUCCUGCUUCCUCUCCUCCGCUCUUCCGCUCGCCGACCAGCCCCUCCCAGUUGCUAAGCACAGCGGCGAAAUCAGAGGGCACAUCAGCAGCGCAGGAGGCAGCAGGGAGCGCAGAGGCGAGUGCUCUGAUUCCACCACACACCCUCCUGCAUCCUCACUUUCCUCCGCGACCGCAAUCCGAUUAGACAUGCACCUCCUCUUCGCCCCUCCCAUGCCUCCCAUGCCUCGCAUGCCCCCCACUGAUGUCACUCCUGCCACAGGCCCAUGCGCGGCGAUUAAUGUCAUGCCUGCUCCUGUGCUCAUGGCACCAGCAGUCAUGUCCUGUACUGACACGGGCACAGAUGGAGCAGGUGCGGGUUCAGGGAAAGUUGUGGGGCCUAAGGCAAGCAGAGCUCCCAUGCUGUGA